AUGACAAUGAUGUCUCGUAUCUUGUUUAUGUUUAGUCUAGGUAUUCACUGGACUACGGCAGUUAAUAUGUGUACAGACAGUUCAACAGUAUCAACAUACGUUACAUUGAAUCUUAUAAAAGGAACUGAUGAUAGUGGUUGUUACUGUAGUAUUAAACUAUAUAAUAUAGAUACACCUGAAUCUGUUAAAUCAAGAAUUAUAUUUGAAGUUAUAAAGUUUUCUGGUUGUAGAUACAUACUUGAUGUUUCAUAUAAUAACAAUAGUCCUAGUUUUAGUUGUUCUAACAACAACACUUAUAUAUUCUUUAACAUUAAUAAAACAGAUGAAAUUAAACUAUAUUUGGAGCUUGCUACUUCCUAUCAGAAUGAUACAGAAUUUGAAGUGAAAAUAACGUCUACUGUUACUAAGUAUAAAUCUUGUUUAGCCACUUUAGGUCCUUUACUCAGAUUGACUUGUUUUACACCAAACGCCAAUACCUAUUCUACUACCAAUACACAAACAUCUAGUGAGCGAACCACCACAACAAAAGCUAAUUCAACUUCCGAUAUAAUUCCAUCUAGUGAGAAAACUACCCCAACCUCAAUCCCAUCUACAGUGUCUUACAGCGAAGAAACUUCAAUUCAAACUACCAUUCCACUGUCAACAACUGGAUUAACAGAAGAUAAUUCUUCGAAUGCAUUAACAAAAGAAGAUUGUGAUGAUAAUGAUAGUGGUAAUGAUGGAAUUAUUGGUGGAGUAAUCGGUGUGGUUAUUGGUGGAGUGAUAGUAGGUGUUUCAAUCUUUAUUAUAAAACGUAUUGUGAAGAACAGAAAGAAAAAAUCUACAUCUGAAAUCUACAGUUCAACUUCAACACAAAACCAACCAGAAUCUCAAUAUACAGAUUUACAAUUGUCAUAA